AUGGACAAGCUCGUCGAAUGGGUGGACGAAAUCUCUUGGCCCGCCGAAGAGAAGAGAUACGAGGUGGCCUUGCGGGAGAUGGAGAGAUCAGGACAUGGGGACGCCGUAGAGGUGUUGCAAAUAGUCCUCGCAUCCAUUAGGGACAUGAAAACAGACGAGUUGAGGUACGCGUUUGCGUUCAGGCCCGAAGUCAAGGGCUUCGACAAGAUCGAGAAGCGGGGGGAGUCGACGGUGAUGCACCAGGACAGCGCCGAGUUCAAGAGCCAGAUGGCCCAGCAAUCAUUCGGACUCCGCCAGCCCGAGGCCGGCGUGCGGCAUGUCGACGUCAUCCACACUUCGGUAAAGCGGUUUCUCGGUGGCGGCACGGGUUUGCCAUCCCUCUUGGCCCUCCCCUCUAGGUCCGAGGUGGACUGCCACCUGCUGCUGUUCGUCUGCUGCAUCCGCGCGCUCGUGUUUUGCGACCUCAGGGACGACGUCGGGGCUAGCAGGGUCAAGUUCCUGCUCUACGCGGGCGAGCACUGGCCCCGGCACGCCCAGGCCGCCGACAAGGUUCUCGACACGUCUGGGAAAGGCGUCCUUGAACUCCUGCCCAGGUGCACCUCCCAGAAAGGCAAGCAGAUGCUAAAUCUCCUGUUCGAGCGCCUGAGGGAGUCGGGGGACGCCCUCUCCAGGCUGCCCGGCGACGGAGGCGACAGCAUGCUGGUCAUGCCGGUCGUGCUGGCCGCCUUUGGCCAGGACCGCGUAAAGAUGGCGCUGAAGCACGCGCUGCGGGGCUGCUGGUUCGACACGGCUCGGUACCUGAUCGAGCUUGACUGCGCCCGCGGCGGCAGCGUCUGCGACCUGUUCUUCGGCUGCACGCUGAUCUACCGAGUGUGCAGCUGCCCAAGGCCGCCCCCGGAAGAGCUCCUCAAGUUCCUCCUGGAAAAGGGGGCAGACACCACGGUGCCAUCCGGCACCCACGAGGAAUAUCCGCUCACUACGCCAUCACCAACAAUCGUGUGGAGCUCGCUAGAUGCUCGUCAAGCACACUAG